CUCGCGGGAGCCGCGGCCAGAGUGUGCUCCGCUGGGGACGAGCGCGCAGGCGCCAUCUCUGGGCCCGCUGCGUGCGCGAAUCGCAGCGGCAGGCGGAGGCAGGCUCUUCACUGACAUAAUCAGUUUUUGACUAUUUGGAAGCAAAGCAUCAUUUAAAAUUCUCUGAACUGCCUAAUUCCAAAGAAGUGAUAACAUUUCUGUGAUCACGGAAAUAAGUGGCUGACUCUGUUAAAAGUAUUCUGACUCUAGUCUUGUUUUCUUCUUUGAAUUUGAAGAACUAUGGAGAAAUGUUACUGGAUGACAGUGGUGGUUUUAAUUGGAUUAACAGUGCGGUGGACAGUUUCACUUAAUUCUUAUUCAGGUGCUGGAAAACCCCCAAUGUUUGGUGAUUAUGAAGCUCAGAGGCACUGGCAAGAAAUUACUUUCAAUUUACCACUCAAACAAUGGUAUUUUAAUAACAGUGAUAACAAUUUACAGUAUUGGGGAUUGGAUUACCCACCUCUUACAGCUUAUCACAGUUUCUUAUGUGCCUAUGUGGCAAAGUUUAUAAACCCAGACUGGAUUGCUCUCCACACAUCCCGCGGCCAUGAGAGUCAGGAACAUAAGCUCUUCAUGCGUGCAACAGUUCUAAUUGCUGACUUGCUAAUUUACAUACCUGCAGUGGUUUUGUACUGUUGCUGUUUAAAAGAAAUCUCAACUAAGAAAAAGAUUGCUAAUGCAUUAUGCAUAUUGCUGUACCCAGGUCUUAUUCUUAUUGACUACGGACAUUUUCAGAACAUAUAUAAUUCUGUGAGUCUUGGCUUUGCUUUGUGGGGUGUUCUUGGAGUAUCUUGUGACUGGGACCUGCUAGGGUCACUGGCAUUUUGCUUAGCUGUAAAUUAUAAACAGAUGGAACUUUACCACUCCUUGCCGUUUUUUUGCUUCUUACUUGGCAAAUGUUUUAAAAAAGGCCUCAAAGGAAAGGGGUUUGGGCUGUUAAUUAAGCUAGCUUGUACUGUUGUGGCUUCCUUCACUCUCUGCUGGCUGCCAUUCUUUACAGAAAGGGAACAAACCCUGCAGGUUCUAAGAAGACUGUUUCCAGUUGAUCGUGGAUUAUUUGAGGCAUGUAAAGUAGCCAAUAUUUGGUGCAGCUUCAGUGUUGUCCUCAAGAUUAAGGACAUUUUGCCACGUCACAUCCAGUUAAUAGUCAGCUUUUGUUUUACAUUUUUGAGCUUGCUUCCUGCAUGUAUAAAAUUAACACUUCAGCCCUCUCCCAAAGGAUUCAAAUUUACUCUGGUUAUCUGUGCACUGUCAUUUUUUUUAUUUUCUUUCCAAGUACAUGAAAAGUCCAUUCUUUUGGUAUCAUUACCAGUCUGCUUAGUUUUAAAUGAAAUACCUUUUAUGUCUACUUGGUUUUUACUUGUGUCAACAUUUAGCAUGCUACCUCUUCUAUUAAAGGAUGAACUCCUAAUGCCUUCGGUUGUAACAGUGAUGGCAUUUUUUAUAGCUUGUGCAAGUUUCUUUCCAGUAUUUGAAAAGACUUCAGAAGAAGAACUGCAGUUGAAAUCAUUUUCCAUUUCUGUAAGGAAAUAUCUUCCAUGUUUUACCUUUCUUCCCAAAAUUAUACAAUAUUUG